ACGAUUGAUCGUCCCCCCCAUUAUAGAAAGUACUAGCCUUUUUCAGUCUCAUCUCCUUCACUUUGCACUCAUCCCCCUUUGAGAAAAUCACAGCUUUUCUUCUUUUCUCUCUUCUUGGUUCAGGUCUCAGCUGGGUCUAGCCAUGGAGGCCAAACGUUUGAUCGGCUUCUACGCCGCGUUGGUGCUGUCUAGUUUGGUCGGGUGCGGAACGUUGGCUCGAGCCUCGUGCGACUUCCCGGCGAUAUUCAACUUCGGAGACUCGAACUCUGACACCGGCGGCCUCUCGGCGGUGUUCGGCCAGGCGCCGCCGCCUCACGGGGAGACUUACUUCCGCAGCCCCGCCGGGCGGUACGCCGACGGCCGCCUCGUGGUCGACUUCAUAGCUCAAAGCUUCGGAUUGCCCUAUCUUAGCGCGUACUUGGAUGCGGUCGGGUCGAACUUCAGUCAUGGAGCCAACUUCGCGACCGCCGGUUCGACCAUUAGGCCACAGAACACGACUCUCCAUCAGUCGGGGUUCAGUCCCAUCUCUCUGGACGUUCAGUUCAACGAGUUCUACGAGUUCCGCCGCCGAUCUCAAGUUGCCCGCGGCCGAGGUGGGGUCUAUGAGAAGCUGUUGCCCAAGGAAGAAGUUUUCUCUCGGGCGCUGUACACAUUCGACAUCGGCCAGAACGACCUCACGGCCGGUUAUUUCCUCAACAUGUCCACAAGCGAAGUAAAGGCAUACAUACCCGAUGUGCUUGGUCAAUUCAAGAACAUUGUCAAGUACCUCUAUGGCGAAGGAGGGAGGUACUUUUGGAUACACAACACGGGCCCGGUUGGUUGCCUCCCGUACGUGAUGGAGCGGAUCCCGAUCUUAGCGUCGCAAGUUGACCGAGCGGGCUGUGCAUCCCCAUUCAACGAAGUGGCACGAGUUUUCAACCACGGAUUGAAGAAAGUUGUGACCCAAUUGAGGAAGGAGCUGCCGUUAGCUGCCAUCACCUACGUGGACGUUUACGCGAUCAAAUACGCCCUGAGUAGCCAGCCCAAGAAGUACGGGUUCAAGCAUCCAUUGAGAACGUGUUGUGGCCACGGAGGGAAGUAUAACUACAACAUCCACAUGGGCUGCGGUGCGAAGAUCACGGUCGGCGGGAAGGAGGUGUUGGUGGGAAAAUCAUGUGAAGACCCAUCAGUUCAUGUGAACUGGGAUGGUGUCCAUUACACUGAAGCAGCCAACAAACAGAUCUUUGAUCACAUCGUGGGCGGUUCAUUUUCUGACCCGCCUGUUCCAUUGAACAAGGCUUGUCAUAGGAUUCCCUCUCAGUGAGUCACACUUUGAAUCGAGUUCACCUUGCUAGAUUCUUUUUUGUUUGCCCUUUGAUCCCAUGUCUUAGCUGCUCAAUUUGCAAAUUUGAAUGGGGAUCAGAUUUUGCUA